AUGAGCUCGCAACAAUUCCCCCGACACGGGCUGCCUGCCUCCAGCGGGGGAGCUCCUCUGAUCCCUACAGCUGCAAACCUAGUGUCUGUCAACCAGCCCUCAAAUCCUGCAGGUGGAGAUGCAGACAGCAGUAGGGAUGCUGCUGAUCAUGGCCAGCAGGAUCAUCCACCUGCAGGGGUUGGGGGAGCCUUGGCAUUCAGAGAUGAGAAGCAGGAGACAAUGGUGGUCCGACCUUACCCACAAGUCCAAACGCAUGGCCAGCCACAAGCUGCUCCCCAGGCAAUCCCUAUCCAGCCAGGAACAACUGUGACUGUACCCGCCCCUCCAGUCCACCUCACACAGGGCCAGCCUGCAGUCCUCACAGAGGGACAGAUGAAGGCUGUUCUCAAGUCCCCUAUGCCAAGUCGUCUUAUUGCCCCCGCACCAGCCUCCAACCAGGCUCAUAUUCCCAUACCUCCCAAGGUGCCUAGUCACAUUACUGUCACCAUUGAGAGCAGUGUUGCUCCAACCCCGUCUAUUCCUGUGGCAACCAUCAGUGGUCAGCAGGGUCACUCCAGCAACUUACAUCACCUGAUGCAGGCUAAUAUUCAGCUCAUUAGGAGUAGUGCCCCGCUGCAGAUUGGUACCCCUGCUGUCCCUCCACACACCUUCACAUCACAUUUACCCCGAGGGGCCGCCGCCGCCGCUGUUAUGUCCAGUUCAAAAACUGUGUUACGACCAGCAACAGGAGCAAGUGCAGGCCCGGGCCAGCCCACAGUGCAGCACAUCAUCCACCAGACUAUACAGUCCCGCCCUGCUGUAACAACAUCUACAGCUGUUCUUCCAACUGUGGUGGCCCCGAUUUCAGCAACGAGGACUCAGUCUCCAGUCAUCAGUCCUUCAGUCACACACUCUGCAGAGGUGGCACAUGGGCGUCCAGGUCUUACCAUUCACCCCCCUCCGGCCACAGUCAGUAUUCAGAGGUCACAGACGUCCCGGGACACCGCAACACGAAUCACGCUACCGUCUCACCCUGCAAUUGGAGUUCAAAAACCUCAGCCACCACACACCAUGACACAAAAGCCAAUCUUUAGUCCUGUGACACCUGUAGCUGCAGCGACUGUGGCACCAAUUGUUGCCACCAACACUGUGCCAUCAACAACCACAAUAGGCACAGUGCCACACUCCCAAAUGAACAACAGCACUAUUGUCACCAUGACGAUGGCUUCCCACCCCUCUCACUCUACAGCAGUAACAACCUCCGCCAUCCCUGUUGCUAAAGUGGUCCCUCAGCCCAUCGCCCACUCUUCAUCCCGAGUGCAGCCUGACUAUGCUGGAGAGAGAGCCAACCUCAUCCCCAUCCCAGGCCAUCGCUCGUCUCCUAACCCCGUCACCAUGGAGGCAAGAACUGACAACAGGCCUUCUGUGCCGGUGCAGUUUCAAUAUUUCCUGCCGGCGUACUCCUCUUCAUAUCCUCUGACACACACUUACACCCCCAUCAGCAGCUCUGUGUCCACCAUCCGCCAGUAUCCUGUUACUCCUCAAGCUCCCAGUUCAGCCCUGCCAACACAAGCUGGAGUCGGCGUGGCAACCACCGUCCAUCUAAACCACAUGCAGCUGAUGGCACAAAUCAGCACCCAAGGGAUCCAGCCUGCACCAAUCGCUGCACAGGGGAUUCAGCCUGCACCAAUUGGAGUGCAGGGCCUUCACACAUCUGCACCGAUCACAACGCAAGGAUUACAGCAGACACCGCUAGUCACUCAGCAGCAGCAGCAACAGGCUGAAGCCAAACCAGGGGUUGUUUUGGCUGAUGGCUUUGUAGCGAGCCCCAUCAGCACCACAUUCGCCACCACCCAACCGGUAGCCAACAUGGUGCAGGCACACACCCAGGGAGGAGUAGGAGGAGCCCCCACCCUCGUCUCAUCCCCGAGACCCAGCAUCCUCCGCAAGAAGCCAGCUAAUGAAAGUUGUGUUCGUAAAAACCUGAUCCCCGCCCAGCCCAGUGAAGCAGCUGGAGGCAGAAUGGAGAGUGGUGUGAGAGGAGCAGGAUCUCCCCGACCUGCAGGUGUGAAACCUAAAGCUGAGAUGCACAUGGCGGUGGCCCCUCCUGUCAUGGCUGCAGUAGAAGCGCUGCCCUCUCAGGGAGGAGAGCAGCAGUCUAUGUCCUCAAACCCUCAGCAUCUUGCCCAAGCCAUCCCCACCAUGCUUGCCACAGCAGGGCCCAUAUCCUCCUCCCAGCCCUCCGCUGCUUCAGCCCUGCCGGCCUCCAUGGCUGUUACUCCUCCUGUUCCCGCAUCGAUGGCCAACACUGUGGCGUCCCCCACUCAGCCUGCAGCCAGCAGCACUGCAGCCUGUGCUGCCAGCUCCACCUGCCCAGAUCUGAAAAUUAAGCAGGAAGUAGAGAGCAUGGACACGUCUCAACAAGAUCCAAAUGCAAACUUGUCAUCAGCCCCCGUCCUCAACACCCCGGGCUCCACUCUGAACACUCCAGGAGAACUGAUCCCAGGGGCCUCACCGAGGAAGAAGCCCCGCAAGCAGCAGCACGUUAUAUCUACAGAGGAGAGUGAGAUGGUCGAGACAAACAGCACAGAUGAAGAGAAGGCUCCGGGUAGGCCCAUCACUGGCAGGGCUGAGAGACGAGAAUCUCCACCCAGGGAAUAUGUCGAUGAGGAAGGAGUGCGUUAUGUACCAGUCCGACCUCGACCACCCGUCACUCUUCUGCGGCACUACAGGAACCCCUGGAAAGCCGCCUACCACCACUUCCAGAGAUACAGCGACAUCCGGGUCAAAGAGGAGAAGAAGGGCAGCUUGCAGGACAUGGCCAAUCAGAGAGGAGUGGCCUGCAGAGCACAGGGCUGGAAAAUUCACCUGUGUGCUGCUCAGCUCAGGCAGCUGUCGAGUUUGGAGCAUGACGUGUACAGCCGCCUCUCCACCCUUCAAGAGGGCCUGAUUCCAAAGAAGAGAGCAGGAGCCGACGAUGACCUCCACCGGAUCAACGAGCUUAUACAGGGUAACAUGCAGCGCUGUAAGCUGGUGAUGGACCAGGUGACCGAGGCCAGAGACACCAUGAUGAAAGUGCUCGACCACAAAGAGAAAGUGCUGAAGCUGCUGAACAAGAACGGUGCCGUCAAGAAGUCCUCUAAACUGAAGCGUAAAGAACGAGCAUGAGUUUCUUCCUCUGGACAAACCCCGCCGCCGUCCCCUCUCUGAAGGGGUGAAGGAGCUGCUCAGAAUUUUGGUGCUAUGAUUUGCUGUAAACAAUCACACGCACCCUCCCUAUCUGCCCAAGAGCCCGACGGAGAGAAGUGACCGGGAGGGGCCUCGAGAAGCAGAAAAACUCAUCAGGAAUAUGCUCUCAUUAAAGAUCCAAUACACAUUUUGAGUGUGGAGCAUCCUAGGUUUCAUUAGAGUGGCAAACUGGAUGGCCCUGUUACUGUUAACCCCUUUUUUUUUUUUUUGGAAGAGAAUAUUUUUACUAACUUAAUAUCUGCCUCUUCUUUUAAGAAAACAUUUGAACCGGCCCCAUUGUGAAUCUUAGACUUUUGGCACUACAUGCAGGUGCAGUAAAUUCCUGUAAGUGAUGGAAGGAUUUCAGUAAAAUUUCAAACGACUGGAGAGUCUUUGAACAAGGCGGAAUCAAUUAGAAGCAGUUCUUUAGUAUGCUGUGUGUAUACAGACUAAUCUCAAUCGUGCUCUUUUCAUUAAUCUGUGCCUUCAUUUUGUCGGUGUACAUGAAGCGGACAGGGCAGACGUGUGAACGCUGUUCCACAUGCUGAUAAAUCUUAAAAUAUCAUUCAAAGGAAAGUUUCAGGUCAAAGUUACAGCUUCCCCUUUUUGUCACAUCUCUGCACCUGGAUUUUUUUUUUUCAGUUUACAUUUGUUUGACGAGUAUGGGUAAAACAAAUACCUCUAUCAGCCACACGUUUAUGAGACAUGUUAGAGAUAAUGCAUUAUUGAGGGGUUAAGAAAUAUAUAAAGACCUUAAAUGUGGCAAAUUGAAUUUAUUUAGUAUGCAAAAAAUGCUCUUAAAGGAUAAAUGUUGAAGUGAGAAGAUACUGCAUAAUGCCAAGAUAAGUAUACAUUGAAACCUGCUGUGAAUCAUCUACUUAAUCCAGAGUAAAUGGAGGUCAUGGUGGACAUAUUUUCAUUUGGUUUCAGAGAGUAGAGUGUUGAAGACAGAGAGCGAGACACUUUGUGUGAUCCUACCGAUGGAUUGAAUUCAUGUAAAUCACUGUAAAUGUGCUUUUGUUUUUUUUGUUUUUUUCCAUUGACCCGGUUUCUUUUCAAGUUUUGUACUCGAUGAAACGUUUUUGUGCAGUGUGAUGUGAGCUGCUUCACUUUGCAGAGUGUAACGAUAAUGACAUUAUGAGAUGAAGUGAGCCUGAAGACAUCCAGCUGUUGUACAUUGUUUUUGUCUGUGUAAUUAUAGUAAAGAUACUUAAACAAUA